AUGACAGCCAACAUCGACACCAUCCUUCUCCUCGGGGCCACCUCUGGCAUCGGCGAAGCCUUCGCCCGCUACUUCCACGGCAAAGGCAAGCGCGUCAUCGCCGCUGGUCGCCGCCUCGAACGUCUCGACGCCCUGAAAUCCGAGCUCAAGGGUCUCGAAACCUUCCAAAUGGACGUCGAAGACAUUCCCGCCAUCGAACCCAAACUCAACGAGCUGUUCAAAACAUACCCGGACCUCGAUAGCGUGUUCGUCAUCGCAGGUAUCAUGACGAUGGGGCAGUUCAAGGAUCCGUCGACUACCAGCACAAAGGGGAUUGUGAGUGAGGUAACGACGAAUCUGAUUGCGCCGAUGGUUAUUGCAAGGACUGUGGUGCCGCAUCUUUUGAGCUUGAAGAGGCCCACGACGUUCAUUACUGUUACGUCUGGAUUGGCGUACAUGCCGCUCCCAUUCUUCCCGGUCUAUAACGCGACGAAGGCUGGUGUGCACAAUUUCACGGUUGUGCUGCGCACCCAGCUUACUGGGACGAAUGUCAAUGUGAUUGAAGUUGCGCCGCCGUAUGUCGCUACGGAUCUAGAUGUCAAGUUUAGGGAAGAGCAGAAUAAGAUGCAGGGCGGGAAGGGACAUCCUCCGAUGCCGCUGAAGGAGUAUAUGGAUGUUACGACUAAGCAAUUGGAGGAGGGGAAGGAUAAGGAGCUGGCGACUGGGUUUUCUGCCAUGGGUGUGUCGGCUUGGAGAGGUGCUUUUCAGCCGUUGUUGGACCAGUUUGGGUUUGCGGGCUAG